AAAAUUGCAUUCGCAUCGCCCCGCAUAGACCAUAUACUGUCUGUCGGUCGUUCGAUCGGUCGGGUGUUCUUUCGGUUGGCGAAACUUACGUAAUUUUCGCGACAGAAACCAGAGGGAACUAUCUAGAUUCCUUCUGAUUGUUCUGGGGCUGCGUUAUCGAAUUCGAGAGCCAUAUUUUGUAGCUGGAAGUGCGAGGGUGCUAUUAUAGUGGAAAUUAGUGUGUUGAGUGCUUGGAAAUCGAUCCGAAAAGUGAGGGCAAAACGCCAGAAGAGCUUCCUGUCCACCUUCGAAAAAAGCGAAAAGGAUAGGAGUUAUACCAGAAGUGUAGUGAGUGCAUUGUGUGGCGAGAAAUCGAUUUUGGUGCUGUAACCAAGUGGUCACGUAAUAAGGCGGAAAAGGCCCACUUCUUUGAUUGACCGGAGAAGAAUAGAAGAAACAAAAUGUUUGCAGUCUGUAAAAACGGCGGCCUGCUGGUCAGCAGUAUGCAAAGGUACGGCGUCCGCUGCGUAAGCUCGGUGGUGCCCGAUAUGAAGCUGCCGGAAUAUCCCCUCGUCAAUGAACCCGUUCUGACCUACAAAAAAGGAUCCAAAGAGCGCAAAGAACUGGAGGCGGCCCUCAAAAAGACCGCCUCCGCCGUAGAAGAUGUCCCCAUCAUCAUCGGCAGCGAAGAGUUCCGCACCAACAAUGUACGGCAUCAGGUGAUGCCGCACAACCACAGCCAGAAGAUCGCCCAAUUCUACUGGGCCGACAAGAAGCUCGUGGAAAAAGCCAUCAAGACUGCCACCGAAACGCAGGUUAAGUGGGACCGGACACCGAUCAGCGAGCGGGUCAAGAUCUGGCAGAAGGCCGCCGACCUGAUGGCCGGGCCGUACCGAGCGGAACUGAACGCCGCCACCAUGCUCGGACAGGCCAAGACUGUGAUCCAGGCGGAAAUCGACUCAGCGGCUGAGUUGAUUGAUUUUAUUAGGAUGAACACCGUGUAUCUGAAGGAGGCCAGCAAAUAUCAACCGAUCAGCGAAAACAGCAAAGUGACGAAGAACUCGUUACGAUUCCGGGGCAUCGAUGGAUUCAUCGCCGCCGUCAGUCCGUUCAACUUUACCGCCAUCGGUGGCAACCUAGCGUAUACUCCUGCUUUGAUGGGCAACGGAGUCCUGUGGAAGCCUUCGGACACGGCUCUCCUCUCGAACUACGUUAUCUUUAAGAUCAUGCGUGAGGCCGGUGUCCCACCCGGUGUGGUCAACUUCAUUCCAACCGAUGGUCCCGUCUUUGGCGACACUAUUACCGCGUCGCCCCACCUAGCCGGUAUCAACUUCACCGGCUCCGUACCAACCUUCAACCGGCUGUGGCGUCAGGUUGGCGAAAACAUCAACAUCUACAACAACUUCCCCCGACUGAUUGGCGAGUGCGGUGGCAAGAACUACCACUUUGUGCAUCCGUCGGCGGAUGUUCAGUCGGUCGUCAACGGAACCAUCCGAUCGUCGUUCGAGUUCUGCGGACAAAAGUGUUCCGCAUGCUCGCGCAUGUACGUCCCCGAGUCGCUGUGGCCACAGGUUAAGGAAGGUCUGAUUAAGACCCGCGACACGCUCAAGAUCGGAGACGUAACGGACUUCUCCACCUUCACGUCGGCGGUCAUCGACGACAAAGCAUUUAGCCGUAUCAAGUCGUACAUCGAUCACGCCAAGAGCUCGAAGAACCUGCAGAUCCUGGCCGGUGGCAAGUGCGACGACAGCAAGGGAUACUUCAUCGAACCGACGAUCGUGCAGUCGACCGACCCGAAGGACAAAAUCAUGACCGAGGAAAUCUUCGGCCCGGUGCUGAGCAUCUACGUGUACAAGGACAAGGAUCUGGAUCAAACGAUGAAGCUGGUCGGCAACUCGACGAGGUUCGCCCUGACCGGUGCCGUGUUCUCCAAGGAUGAAGGGUUCCUAAAGCGUGCAUUGGAGGAGUUCAAGCUAACGGCUGGAAACUUCUAUCUGAACGACAAGUCAACGGGAUCCGUAGUUGGACAGCAGCCGUUUGGCGGUGGUCGAAUGUCAGGAACCAACGACAAGGCCGGCGGUCCACACUACGUCCUCCGGUGGUCAACCCCGCAGUCCAUCAAGGAAACGUUCGUCCCGUUGAACGAGGUCGACUAUCAGUAUAUGCGCGAAUAAGCAGCGAGGCCGUCAGCUGAGCAUACAUUUAUCUCGCGGUGCACUCCCCGUAGCAUCCCGUAGAUGUGAUUUGAAAGAAUUUCUUCUAUCCUUUGGAACAUCGUUAUCCCUUUUGAAUUUUUCCGUAGAUCGUUUGUUUCCCUUGUUACUUUAUAAUUUUCUCUAAGCAAAUCACGAACGAAAUUAUUGCUGCUAGAGACGCACCAUAGUGCACCCAUUUCUAUAGAAGUAUUGUUUAAUAGUCUCGAUAAAACAAAUAAGGCUCCCAAUCAUGCAUGCUUGAGAAGCCAAGUGAUAUCCGAUUCUCGAUUAGAGUUUCACUUUAGGUAAUCCUUUUCGUACUUUUUUUUAACAGACCGUACUAAUAUUACACAUCCCGAGUAGCGUUUCGGGUUUUAUCAUGGUUUUAAAACUGGUUCAAAGGCAAACAGUGGUGUAUAAAACUACGAUAAAACCAAAAUGAUUACUAUUGAAGUAAUUUUUCGGUGUUUUCAUACUUUUGAAAUGUUGCUUUUAGGUAACAUUCCUAGUUUCACCACAAUUCGUAAGCCUGAGGAAUAUUCCGAAUCAGAGUUAUUAAAACCAUCGUAAAACCUGAAAUGCUAUUACGACACUAUCCGCACUUAAGUUAAUCCAAGUCACAAGUCACUUAUUUUACAUUACGUGUCUCCAAAUCUUAAAUAUGAACAUUUUACCUCUGUCCCCUGCAUAUGUUUCCGAAUUAGCCUGUCUUUUUCUGACCUUACUUUGCUCUUAUUCACAUUGUUAUCCAAUUUCCAGCUUUUAGUUAUUUUUGCAAUUCUGAUUAUCAGAGCUUUUAUAUUGCCAUCAAUAAAUUCAUACCAUUGACAAUAUGAUGAAGAGAGGAGAUAAUUUCUAUGUAAACUAGGAAAUUAUUUUUUAUUGGAUGGAAACAGUAUCAGAAGUAUAUAACCCAUACGCUAUAGAACACAUAAAGAAAAACAAAAUAGCUGUUGUUACUGGAAUGAAAAUAAACCCUAUCAAUGGAGAAUGUCACAAAACCAAUUUAAAGAAACGAUAGUAACCGAAUUCAGUAGUAGUUUUGUUGGAAAUACAAAAUGUCAAUCACUCAAACAGUCAAUGUCAAAUAUGCAACUCAAAAUUCGGUUCCCGCCAUUUUUACGCAUAUUCCAUUUGCCAUUACCACGUUUUACCAAAAAAAAAGGCACACACACUAGAUAAACUUAUAUACAGACAGCAGCAACAUCUGAUGAGAACGAUCGAAAUUCGGCAAACGUGCCGCCGCAACUGAACUGCAGAGAAGAUUCCUUUGGUAACUACCGUGUAGUGGACAGUGUAUUGCUGCUACCGGAGCCACCACACAACGAUGCAUGGACUCCGGGAUAUGUCCGCUAUUCAAGUGCUUACCUACCGUUGAUUGUGCGUGUGUGUAUGAAGAAAUCAUUACUAAUGGGAUCACCCAACAAUGGAACGGUUUGGUCAAACUGAGAUAAAAAAAAACCUAGCGUACAAGACGGGCGAAAAUCAAGUUAAUAAAUGUUUGAAAGUGGAA